AUGGUUCCGAAGAAAGUAAUUGGCAAAGCAACCGUGGUUCGUACGCUCUCAAUCAAUAAUUUUGUUCAACGAAUACUUCUAGUCACUUUCUGGGUAUACUUCUGCAAGCACUUCUUGUUCGCAGUGAAUGCCAUGAAAGUCAUGGCGCCAACCAUUGAACGAGUUCUAAAGGAUCAAGGUCAAACAUCAGAUUGGGGUAUUUUGAGUUAUGUAACGCUGAUGAUAAUUAUGCGGUUCAAUGCCUACUAUGUCAUCUUCUACAACCUCUCAAGACUGGUUGGUGACUUUCAGCAAUUCCUUCUCUCUCCUGCUUUCAGUCCUGAGGCUAAUAAAUCAAUAUCUGGGAAUGAGGAGGCAAUACAAGUUUGGAGAAAGGCCUCUCUAGUUGAAAAACUCUUUAGACUUGAAAUGGAGACCGAGUGUCUGAUGCCGGAAGGACCUUGCUGGGCUGUAUCCGCCGAGACAUCGUCAGCUAUUUGGCGAAAAUUUGACACGGGCCUGCACAAUGUUCUAAAGCAUUACAUCUACAUUCCAUGGAUGGAGGUUGUUGUCAAAUUACUUGACAGAGGUGAGGUCAAGGGAAGACAGAAGUUGAGUCCCCUGAUCAACCACUUCAGUGCCAUUUGCGGCGCCUUAUUGACCUUCAUUUUCGUGCUCACAUACCAUCACUGGACCAAGGGCAAUAGUAAGUUCGCUUUAGUACCCUGCUUAAUGGGUCAAAACACGGAAAAACAAUUGCCUUUGUAUUAA